GUGUUUCAGCAUGGGGUGGGGUGCCCCCUGACAGGCUUUUAAAAGGCCUGGAUGCCAAUGCACAUUCCAACACUAUCCACAAAAAGGAGACUGGAGCAGUGCUCUUGCCUGCGUUGGGCAAGGAGACUGUCCCUCCCUGCCUACCCUCUUGCCUGCCCUGUUUUGUGGGAGAACUAUAAGUAAAUACUAGAGAGGCAGUGGGGAAGACAGGGUGUUUAAAUUCCUCCCCAGAGUUUCCUUUCUUUGAUGUAUGUUGCAUCCUUUAAGCAAGUUGUGCAAAAUGGCUGCAGGGUCGAUUGGCUCUCCCUUUUAAAGCUCUCCAUCCGGCUGGGUUUAUUUGUAAAUAUUGCAUCUAUCCUUCUCAGUGUUUUAAGACUGGCUGGAAAGACUCUUCUUACUGUAGGUUGGGUCAGUGUGAGAGAUCUAAAAAAUCAUUUUCCCUUAAAAUUACUGUAUUUUAAUAAAAGGAUUGGGCAGGGGCUGGUACGAGAGAAAACUGGUCCUUCAAAAUAUAAAACUGUCAUACUUAAACGAGCUUACAAAAUAUGUGUUUAAUUAUGUGGUGGGAUGUGUGUAGGUGUAUGAUGAGAGAGGCAACCAACCAACAUGGCGUUUUGGGGUGCAAGGAUAUGGGAACAGGCAAGUAAUUUUCACAUUGGACUUUGAUCUUAGGGAGCUGGGUUCUAGUCACAGCUCUGAGCUGUGUGACCUUGGGUGGGUCCCAUCUCCCCGGGCUGUUGUUUCCCCAGUUGAACAAUAUGAGGAUGAGUCACAGCUAACAUUUGUUCCAUGAUAUUUACCCAGCACCAUACAAGUGUUUUUCUGUCCUCCCAGUUACCACCAAGGUGGGUAGUAUUAUAUGCCCAUUUUAGAGAGGAGGAAACUGAAGCCCGAAGAAGUUAAAUACUUGUCCCAGAACACACAGCUGGUAAGUGGCAGACCUGGAAUUGGAAUCUAGUUCAGUUUGAUUCCCCAGUCCAUGCUCUUGACCACUGUAUUGUUUUUUCAAGUCCAGAUCUAAAAUCUCAUUUUUUUGUGUGAUUUGUGUGUUUGGGGCAGGGGUAACUAAUUCUUGACUACUCCAUAUGCUGCAUAGAACCUGGAGAGGAUUUUUCAAAGUAAAUGAAUCCCGAAAGCUGGAUUGCAGAGCAAACGAAUGCAGUCACUUCAGCCAGGGGCUUGCAAGAGGGAGAAAGAGAAAAAGACUGUGGAAUGGAAAGUUUCCCAACUCAAGCCUUUCCCAAGGGGUAGCCAUUCUCUGUUCUACAGUUUAGGGCUUGCAUGUGCUUUUUUCUGGAGUGGAAAAAUACAUAAGUUAUAAGGAAUUUAACAGACAGAAAGGCGCACAGAGGAAUUUAAAGGGUAGGCUGGGGGGCGAGGCAGUGGGCGGGAGACGAACGGGCGCGGGUGGGGGGGGGGCGGGGGGGAAACACUGUUUUCCAAGCUAAGCCGCGGCAAAUAAAAAGGCGUAAAGGGAGAGAAGUUGGUGCUCAACGUGAGCCAGGAGCAGCGUCCCGGCUCCUCCCCUGCUCGUUUUAAAAGCACUUCUUGUAUUGUUUUUAAGGUGAGAAAUAGGAAAGAAAGCGCCGGCUUGUGCGCUCGCUGCCUGCCUCGCUGGCUGUCUGCUUUUGCAGGGCUGCUGGGAGUUUUUAAGCUCUGUGAGAAUCCUGGGAGUUGGUGAUGUCAGACUAGUUGGGUCAUUUGAAGGUUAGCAGCCCGGGUAGGGUUCACCGAAAGUUCACUCGCAUAUAUUAGGCAAUUCAAUCUUUCAUUCUGUGUGACAGAAGUAGUAGGAAGUGAGCUGUUCAGAGGCAGGAGGGUCUAUUCUUUGCCAAAGGGGGGACCAGAAUUCCCCCAUGCGAGCUGUUUGAGGACUGGGAUGCCGAGAACGCGAGCGAUCCGAGCAGGGUUUGUCUGGGCACCGUCGGGGUAGGAUCCGGAACGCAUUCGGAAGGCUUUUUGCAAGCAUUUACUUGGAAGGAGAACUUGGGAUCUUUCUGGGAACCCCCCGCCCCGGCUGGAUUGGCCGAGCAAGCCUGGAAAAUGGUAAAUGAUCAUUUGGAUCAAUUACAGGCUUUUAGCUGGCUUGUCUGUCAUAAUUCAUGAUUCGGGGCUGGGAAAAAGACCAACAGCCUACGUGCCAAAAAAGGGGCAGAGUUUGAUGGAGUUGGGUGGACUUUUCUAUGCCAUUUGCCUCCACACCUAGAGGAUAAGCACUUUUGCAGACAUUCAGUGCAGGGGAGAUCAUGUUUGACUGUAUGGAUGUUCUGUCAGUGAGUCCUGGGCAAAUCCUGGAUUUCUACACUGCGAGUCCGUCUUCCUGCAUGCUCCAGGAGAAAGCUCUCAAAGCAUGCUUCAGUGGAUUGACCCAAACCGAAUGGCAGCAUCGGCACACUGCUCAAUCAAUUGAAACACAGAGCACCAGCUCUGAGGAACUCGUCCCAAGCCCCCCAUCUCCACUUCCUCCCCCUCGAGUGUACAAACCCUGCUUCGUCUGCCAGGACAAAUCAUCAGGGUACCACUAUGGGGUCAGCGCCUGUGAGGGAUGUAAGGGCUUCUUCCGCAGAAGUAUUCAGAAGAAUAUGAUUUACACUUGUCACCGAGAUAAGAACUGUGUUAUUAAUAAAGUCACCAGGAAUCGAUGCCAAUACUGUCGACUCCAGAAGUGCUUUGAAGUGGGAAUGUCCAAAGAAUCUGUCAGGAAUGACAGGAACAAGAAAAAGAAGGAGACUUCGAAGCAAGAAUGCACAGAGAGCUAUGAAAUGACAGCUGAGCUGGACGAUCUCACAGAGAAGAUCCGAAAAGCUCACCAGGAAACUUUCCCGUCGCUCUGCCAGCUGGGUAAAUACACCACGAAUUCCAGUGCUGACCAUCGAGUCCGACUGGACCUGGGCCUCUGGGACAAAUUCAGUGAACUGGCCACCAAGUGCAUUAUUAAGAUCGUGGAGUUUGCUAAACGUCUGCCUGGUUUCACUGGCUUGACCAUCGCAGACCAAAUCACCCUGCUGAAGGCCGCCUGCCUGGACAUCCUGAUUCUUAGAAUUUGCACCAGGUAUACCCCAGAACAAGACACCAUGACUUUUUCAGACGGCCUUACCCUAAAUCGAACUCAGAUGCACAAUGCUGGAUUUGGUCCUCUGACUGACCUUGUGUUCACCUUUGCCAACCAGCUCCUGCCUUUGGAAAUGGAUGACACAGAAACAGGCCUUCUCAGUGCCAUCUGCUUAAUCUGUGGAGACCGCCAGGACCUUGAGGAACCGACAAAAGUAGAUAAACUACAAGAACCAUUGCUGGAAGCACUAAAAAUUUAUAUCAGAAAAAGACGACCCAGCAAGCCUCACAUGUUUCCAAAGAUCUUAAUGAAAAUCACAGAUCUCCGUAGCAUCAGUGCUAAAGGUGCAGAACGUGUAAUUACCUUGAAAAUGGAAAUUCCUGGAUCAAUGCCACCUCUCAUUCAAGAAAUGCUGGAGAAUUCUGAAGGACAUGAACCCUUGACCCCAAGUUCAAGUGGGAACACAGCAGAGCACAGUCCUAGCAUCUCACCCAGCUCAGUGGAAAACAGUGGGGUCAGUCAGUCACCACUUGUGCAAUAAGACAUUUUCUAGCUACUUCAAACAUUCCCCAGUACCUUCAGUUCCAGGAUUUAAAAUGCAAGAAAAAAACAUUUUUACUGCUGCUUAGUUUUUGGACUGAAAAUAUAUUAAAACUCAAGAAGGACCAAGAAGUUUUCGUAUGUAUCAAUAUAUAUACUCCUCACUGUGUAACUUACCUAGAAAUACAAACUUUUCAAAUUCUAAAAAAAUCAGCCAUUUCAUGCAACCAGAAACUAGUUAAAAGCUUCUAUUUUCCUCUUUGAACACUCAAGAUUGCAUGGCAAAGACCCAGUCAAAAUGAUUUACCCCUGGUUAAGUUUCUGAAGACUUUGUACAUACAGAAGUAUGGCUCUGUUCUUUCUAUACUGUAUGUUUGGUGCUUUCCUUUUGUCUUGCAUACUCAAAAUAACCAUGACACCAAGGUUAUGAAAUAGACUACUGUACAUGUCCACCUAUGUUCAAAAAGAUAACUGUCUUGCUUUCAUGGAAUAGUCAAGACAUCAAGGUAAGGAAACAGGACUAUUGUACAGUAUGACAAGACUGAAGAUAUUCUAAUUUAGUUAGUAUGGAAGCUUGUCUUUGCUCUUUCUGAUGCUCUCAAACGGCAUCAUCUUUUAUUUCAUGUUGCCCAGUAAAAGUAUACAAAUUCCCUGCACUAGCAGAAGAGAAUUCUGUAUCAGUGUAACUGCCAGUUCAGUUAAUCAAAUGUCAUUUGUUCAAUUGUUAAUGUCACUUUAAAUUAAAAGUGGUUUAUUACUUGUUUAAUGACAUUACACAGUUUAAAAAAAAAAAUUUUUUUACAGUAAUGAUAGCCUCCAAGGCAGAAACACUUUUCAGUGUUAAGUUUUUGUUUACCUGUUCACAAGCCAUUAGGGAAAUUUCAUGGGAUAAUUAGCAGGCUGGUCUACCACCUGGACCAUGUAACUCUAGUGUCCUUCCUGGUUCAUGCCUGAUAUUGGGAUUUUUUUUUUCCAGCCUUCUUGAUGCCAAGGGGCUAAUAUUAACUCCCAAAGACACAGGCAUAGAAUCUGACUCCUUUGACCUUGUUCAAUCACUAUGAAGCAGAGUGAAAGCUGUGGUAGAGUGGUUAACAGAUACAAGUGUCAGUUUCUUAGUUCUCAUUUAAGCACUAGUGGAAUUUUUUUUUUUUUUUUUUUGAUAUACUAGCAAGUCUGUGAUGUACUUUCACUGGCUCUGUUUGUACAUUGAGAUUGUUUGUUUAACAAUGCUUUCUAUGUUCAUAUACUGUUUACCUUUUUCCAUGGAGUCUCCUGGCAAAGAAUAAAAUAUAUUUAUUUUAAA